AUGGUGUCGUCCACUGAAUUAUCACCUAUUGACAAAGCUAAACGACAGGCUGCGUACACAUGUGCUGAAAAGAAUGUUGCAAGUGGCUGUCGAUUGGGAGUUGGAUCCGGUUCUACUGUCAAGUACCUCGUGGAAUAUCUUGAGUCAGCAGUCAAGUCUGGAAAAUUGCAGAACAUUGUAUGCGUUCCAACAAGUUUUCUG